ACAAAAGCGUCCAACACUAAAUCAAAAACCUAUUUCCUUGAAAAUUAUAAAGUGCAAAAUUUGAGUGGUAAGUGCAAUGUGAUGAAAACUAUGAUGUUGGGAUUAAAAGAAGGGGAGCACGUUAAGGUACAUUGCACUAAAAGGACAUUCAAUAUGGAAAAGGACUUUGAAAUUAGUGUCACCGUUGAAGACACCGAUCAACUUCUCUCGGGAGCAUGGCUCAAUAUAUCAAUAAUACAAGUUUUUGCUACGGCUUUGAGUGAGUUGUGUUUUCACGAUGAUUGUCACCCCAAUAGUAUUGGAUUCAUGUGCCCGGAGAUGAUCUCGGCCACCAUGUUAAAGUCCGAUGCAGAUCGAAUUCUAUUGUACAUGACGAGGUCCAUGAGUGCACUUAGUUCUAAGACAUUCAUCUUAUGUCUAAACGUGAGGUCUACAUAUUUGAUUCUCAACAGAAGAAGAGAAAUUUGAUGAUUAAGGAGCCACUAAACAAUGCUUUUCGGAGUUACAAGAGACUAGGUGGACAAUCUAAGGGAACUAAAUUAACAUGGAUUCCAGCACAGUGUGCUCAACAACCGGGAUCACUAGAUUGUGGCUACUACGUCAUGCGUUUUAUGUACGACAUAAUAAUGAAUCAUUGUAAUAGUCAAGAUCUUACUAAGGAUUUUUCAAGAACAUUGCCUUAUUCAGCGGAGGAGAUUAAUGAGGUGAAAGAUUUUUGGGCAGAUUACUUCAUGAACAAUGUCGAAUUUUUAGCUUAAUUUGUAAUAUGAACUUGAUCUCUAGCUAGCUACGUACCUUUGUUGUAAUAAUUUUAUGUUUGUUGUAACAUGUUGGUUGAUCGAUCUAUGACGAAUUUAAUUGCCUUUUAUUGGGAACGUUAAUUACGUUGUAAACUUUUGUGACAGGUAUUAAUUAUAAAUGUAUUCCCGGUAUUGGGAAUGAA